AUGGCAAAGUUCACCAUCACCUCCACCGGCAAGAAAAACUACAUCACCUCCCUCCCAAAAGAACUCCUCUUUCAAAUCGUCACCGAAAUCUUCCCAACCUCCAUCGAGAUCCACACCAACGGCAUCCACCGCAGGACCCCCAUCCAGCCCAUCAUCGAUGCCGACAGCUUCGCCCGGUUGAAGUGCGUCGAGGACUUCGCGCGCGCCGAUCCCGUGCUGGCUGAGGCGGUGCUGCAAGCUCUUCACGACGUGUUUUUCCUGCACCGUAUUCCUCUCCGCGUCGAACUCACGCGGUACUGGGAUCCACCUGUCCCAACGGGGGCUAUGCAUAUGUCGGCUUUCUUUCUACUUCUACGUCGAUUCCAGGUGCUGGAGAUUAUGGAUAUGCCGCUCGCUUUCGUGCACGUUCCGAAGGACGGCGAGAGUCGCUUGGGCCAUAGUGUCAAGAGUUUGAGCAUUACUGUCGAACGCGCCGGGCCCAGCUGGAGACUCAAGAGCAUCGUAGUUAAGACUGUCCGCAAUCUCGACCAAUACGAUAGGCGUGUACUCGAACUUGCCGAGCUGGAGGAUGAUCUCAUCGCGGAGCUGGUCCCCAGUGUUGGCGAAGCGCUGAUGGGAAUUCAGGCUAUGCCUCCGCAUGGACAUAACUUGUUGAGUACCAUGAGGCAGCGUAUUGCGGAAGCCAGCGCGCGCAUCACCCAGCAUGAGGAAUGGAAGAUGAUGAAUCCGUACUUCGAUUGGGUCAAUGGCGUGAAUCGCCCGGUCGUGGAGGUGACUCGCAAGCUUGGCUGGGUGGGCAAGGCGCCAUAG